UCCCCCUAUACAUCCUCACCAAUACCAGUGCUAGCAAAUCUAGCUAUCCCACCCUCUCUCCGUGAGCUAGCCCACCACCACAAGGUCCACAACUACAGCUAACUCGGUCGAGAUGGCUCGCACUGCAGCUACUAAGCUCGUGCUGGUCGCCCUGGUGGCGGCAAUGAUCCUCGCAGCCUCCGACGCGGCCAUCAGCUGCGGCCAGGUGAGCUCUGCCUUGACCCCCUGCGUCGCCUAUGCGAAGGGCAGCGGGACCAGCCCGUCUGGGGCCUGCUGCAGCGGCGUCAGGAAAUUGGCCGGCUUAGCGCGGAGCACCGCCGACAAGCAAGCUACAUGCAGGUGCCUCAAGAGUGUUGCCGGAGGGCUCAACCCCAACAAGGCCGCAGGCAUUCCCUCCAAGUGCGGCGUCAGCGUCCCCUACACGAUCAGCGCAUCCGUGGACUGCUCUAAGAUCCACUGAUCGAUUUCUGGCCGCCAUCAUCGCCGAUUAUAGUUCCAGCGAUUGAUGCUGAGUACGUUGAGGUCUCACACACACAUAUAUACAUAUACAUGAAUAAAUGCUCUGAUAUGAUCUCCAUGUGAGAGAUAGGAGUACGUACAUCGAGCCAGCUUUGCAUAGCUGGCCACUGUUGUAUCUAUUUUGUAUCAGCGUUUGAUUGUUCGUUCACUCCCUUUGAGCAGACACGGGAGUUUGUUGUACUUUGUACGAUGUACGCUUAUCAUAUAUGGAUUAUAAAUUAAUCUACCUCUAUUCGGUUAA